AUGACUCCAGACAAGGCUUCCCAACUAACACUCUGCCAACAACUCCAUAGGAUCCCCUAUUAUCCCGCCGAAGUUCUGAGCCGCAGCCAGGACUUCAACCCUUACAUCUCGAUGUCUAAGAAAAGUCGCAAGAUGAUUUCCCAUCCGGACGAUAGUGAUGACGGCCUCCUAGGCGAGAGCACUUACGAAAUACUGUCAGACCUCUCUAUUCCAAGUCACUCGGAUGACGACGACGAUGACCUCUCGUCCCUCGCCUCCUUAGCUGAAGACACUGCCGAUGAAGACGAAGAAGGCGAGGGUGACGAGCAGGAAUUCCUUUUCCCAAGUCCUAAUUCCGAAGUUCCAAAGGAAAGUCCCAACGAGGAUCUUCAGAGCUCGACAUAUCCCGAGUCUGUUCCUGAUGUUCCCGAUACCUUCGAGUCUGCCGGUAUACCCUCUUAUACCGGCUUGGACCAGCACGAGCCUCCUACCGUCCACAAUGUCGUCAGUGAGGAAUCGCUCAGCGAUGUUACCAUCCGUUUCGAUGAAAAACCCGUGCCCUUGGGACCUCAGUUUACAUUAGCUCAUGAUCUUCAAGAGUUUACCGGAGAAGAGUUUAAGGAAGUCCUGGCUAGUUCCUCUGCUCCCGAGGAUGUAAAGAACUUAUAUUCUCUUCUUCGGUGUUCGUUAGCAGUUGACCCACUCAGCGUCAAGGACACUUUCCGUGUCCUCUACGUCGGUGAUGAGUCAGCUAAAGACGAAAUCUUCAGGAAAAUCGGGGCCGCUUUGGUUGUAUCGACGUCCUACGAAAGCCUUGAAGAUUCCAAAUCUUCGGCCCGAUUCAACGUGGUCCCUGUGACAUCAUUUGGGAACUCUGCCUCGACACCGGACGUCGAACUCGUCGAGUCGUUCGGGUUAGAAAUGGCGGUGGAUACCUGUGCCUUUGCUUACCCCUCAAACGAUGACACGGAUCUCGACACAUUGUCUCUAGUUAUCAAACCAAGGAUGCUUGUUCGCUCACGUAAGGCUGGGGCCGGCUACAAGCUCGACAAGUUGGAGGCUCCGGGCUGGAGACUCCCCGAUCUUGCCAUCUUUUAUUGUGAAGCUAGUGAUGAUGCUCGUCAACGUGCAACUCGAUCUUGUGCCCGUUCCUUCCUUUCACGCCACGGCGUCCCUUUCAUUUUCAUUUCCGAUAAGAAGCUUUACAAAUCGACCGAAGAAUUCGAUAUCGACUUUCAUGCCCUCCAUAUAGCUAUCGAAACGCGUAAGAGGACCGAGGACGGCAAGAGGCUACGAGAAGUUUACAAAGAGCUUCCGGUAGAUAUGCAUAGCUUUAUCAAUGUUGAUGUCCAACAGCUCAGCAGGAAUUUGGCAAUCAUUGUUAAACAGAGGGACGAGGACGAAGACCGUUCAAUGGUGAAGAGCAUGACGAUUUGGGAUAAGUUUCAAGAAAUCAUCGAAGCCUUCGAAGGGAGGACACAAGAUCAGGCCUUCAACGUUGGUAUUGUUAUCGUGGCUGGAUUGAUACUCAGCACUAUCUGCUUGGCCCUCUCUGUUGUCUUCGUUUCUUUCUUGAAACCUUCUAAUAUUCAGCUGGAAACCUCUACUGCAUUGAUAUCGCCGAUUCAAAACUCCCUCACAUCGAAGUCUCAAAUUUCCACGAGCUUGAGCGUAUACACUUCGACAUCUACCACAAGCCUUUCUGUAACGAAGAGCAAGUCACCAUCUACCACUUCGGCAAAGCUUAAGAGCUCCACAUCCUCCCCUCCAAAAGUCUUACCUCGGGUUCCUUCCAGUAUCAUGACUGCUGGUAUCAAAUCGUUGAGUGUUACUGACAUUCCAUCGCUCCCCGCCAAUGAGUCAAAUGAGUUUGCUAUGUAUACCAUCAGCGACGGUCAUAUCGUUCUUCGAGCACCCACAAAGUUCGCAUCUCUAAGAUGGCAUCCGAAGUUGAUUGUCCACGUCAAGAGAAAGAACCAUACCGUCCCGGUUGAGGUUGUUACACUUUUCCGUGGCGUCUAUGCCGUCAAGAUGGACUUGAGUGAGGCUUGGGGUGUUUUGAACAUCACAGUCAAAACGGAGAAUAAGCCAAUCAUCAACCAGUCAUUCAUCCUCGACCUUGGAAACCCAUGGUUGAGCACAAUGGCUUGGAAAAGAUCAAUGCUCGCCACAUCUUCAGACUUACGAAAGGCUGUCAACAAGGCAUCAUCAAAGGCAAACGUUUACGCCCAAAAGAUCCAGGAGACCAGCAAGCAGCAAAUCAACAUCUGCAAGAAGGAGGUGAGGUAUUUGCAAACGGAAGCCGUUAAGUUGCAGCAAGAACUUUCCAAGCAGUCCAAGGUUGCAAAGAAGACGGUCGAAUCUCAACUCAGGCUUUGGAGGAACGGGUUCGACGAUUUGAAAAUCGAUAAUUAUUUCGACCGGAAGUCCCUCAAGAAGUAUGAAGACCAGCUUAAGCAGCAGGUCAAAAAGGCUCGCAAGAACGCCAGUAGGCUUUGGGUUCGUACCAGAGCCUCUAAGAGAAUCGCUAAGAAGCGGGCGCUAAAGGUCUCGAAGAACUCGGUCUCCUGUGGGAAGAAGGGGAAGAAGGGAAAAACUGGGAAGUGUAAGAACAGCAGAUAG